AUCCGUGGGCCAGUGGGCGUUGCGAAUUGCUCAUAUAUAAAGCUCGGGCCGUGGCUAAAACAGCUCAUUGUUGAUUAAACAUGCUGCGUCUAACGAUUUGGCUAUUCAUCUGCGCUGCUGUAGCGCUGGCCCAGAACGAUGGCCGCUAUCGUCCUGCCCCCAAGCCCGUAUCCACUCUGAACACCCGAAUUGUUGCCAAUGCGGGUCGCUAUCAGAGCAGCAACGAUGGCCGCUAUGUUCCCAGCAACGAUGGCAGAUAUCGCGGUGGCAACGAUGGACGCUACGGCGGCAACAGCGACGGACGUUAUGUCCAUGUGGACAACAAAUACCAGCACGAUAAUCGUCCUGGUGGCGACUACUCCGGCAGCAACGAUCCUUAUCGAGGUGACAAGGACAAGUUUGGUGCUGGCGGUGGUGCUGGUCGUGGUGGUGGAGGCGGUGGUGGUGGAGGUGCUGCUGGCGCCAAUGCAGCCAAUGGAGCUGGUGCAACAACUGCUGCAUACAAGCCCCGUCCAACUGUCUCCGUGCCACGGCCCGUGGCUGUUGUCGAUCAGCGUCCCAAUCUGCCACAAGGACGCGGCACUGGCAUCGGCAAGAAUGGCUGGUUGAUUCUGCGUCAAGAAGGCACCGUGGAAACCGAUGGCUACAACUAUCUCUACGAGACAGAGAAUGGCAUUCUCGGCGAAGAGAGUGGACGUAUUGAGAAGCAAACCGAAGGCGAUGCCAUACGCUCCAAGGGCUACUACGAGUACACCGGAGACGACGGCCUACUCUACCGCGUCGACUACGUGGCCGAUGAGAAUGGCUUUGUGCCCACCGGCGAACACAUUCCCAAAGUACCAGAGCACAUACCCAAGCUCUUGGCUUAUCUGCAGGCUCAAGGCGCCUUGUAAGAAUGCAUAUUCAUUUUUUCGUGUUAUUUCGGUUGUCAGGAAAUAAAAGUUUCUCUAAAACUCCCAAA